GGGCCGCCCACGAGACCCUGGGCCGGUGCCGGGCACAGCUGCCUGUCCGCGUUUGCCUGUCGGUCUCUGUGUCUGUCUCUCUGUCUAUCUGGCUGUCUCCGAGCCUGCCUCCACUUUUAAAACUAAGCAGUCCGGACGCCGACAUCCCUUGGACCCCUGCCCCUGUCCCAUGGCAGGCUACUUGCCCCCUAAAGGCUAUGCCCCUUCGCCUCCACCUCCCUACCCUGUGAACGCCGGGUACCCAGAGCCGGCGCUGCAUCCUGGGCCCGGGCAGGCGCCGGUGCCCGCCCAAGUGCCGGUGCCCGCCCAAGUGCCCAGCCCUGCUCCAGGCUUCGCUCUCUUCCCCUCGCCCGGCCCUGUGGCCCCUGGGGCUGCUGCCCCCUUCUUGCCACUGCCAGGGGUGCCUUCUGGCCUCGAAUUCCUGGUGCAGAUCGACCAGAUCUUGAUUCAUCAGAAGGUUGAGCGAGUGGAAGCUCUCCUAGGCUGGGAAGCUUGUAACCAGUACGAACUGCGCUCCGGGGCAGGGCAGCCCCUGGGCCAGGCGGCCGAGGACAGCAACUGCUGCGCCCGCCUGUGCUGUGGCGCCCGCCGGCCUCUGCGUGUCCGCCUGGUGGACCCUGGGGACCGUGAAGUGCUCCGCCUGCUCCGCCCUCUCCACUGUGGCUGCAGCUGCUGCCCCUGCGGCCUCCAGGAGAUGGAAGUACAGGCUCCACCAGGCACCACCAUUGGCCACGUGCUACAGACUUGGCAUCCCUUCCUCCCCAAGUUCUCCAUCCAGGAUGCGGAUCGUCAGACAGUCCUGCGAGUGGUGGGGCCCUGCUGGACCUGUGGCUGUGGCACAGACACUAACUUUGAGGUGAAAACCCGGGAUGAGUCUCGCAGUGUGGGCCGCAUCAGCAAGCAGUGGGGCGGCUUGCUCCGAGAGACUCUCACGGAUGCGGAUGACUUCGGCCUACAGUUCCCGAUGGAUCUGGAUGUGAAGGCGAAGGCUGUGCUGCUGGGAGCCACUUUCCUCAUUGACUACAUGUUCUUCGAGAAGCAAGGCGGUGCUGGGCCCUCUGCCAUCACCAGCUAG